UUUAUUAUCUAUGAGUGAUCCGCUCGUGUUAAUACCCGUGGUACUAUUUAUACUGUUUUUGAAUUAUGAGUUACAAGUGUCUGCUUCACGUCGUGACUACAGACUAAAUGCUUCAGGUUUACACAGUCGUAGUAUAAUUACCUUAGUGCUCAGCUCAUAUUAUACUAAGUACAUUACACUAUACUACCUGAAACUUCGUUCUUCGUUGACCGAUUGUUCGUAUAUUUCAAUACUUGUCAAUGCGAGUAAAGUUAUUGACGAUCGACAUACAGCUUAAGUAUGAACUAGAUACUUCCUGAAUUGCGAAAUUUGUCAAUAUUCUUAUUCGCCAAACCACAUUUAUAAUAUCUGUCUCUGCUAAUGCUAAAUUACUUCGUAGUUCGUUAACACCGCGAAUCAAGAUAUUUAUUUACCGAGCAUUGAAACAUUAAUGUUAUGGUUCAUCUCAGUAGAUCGAUUAUGUUUGUACAAUCAAUAUUUGUUAAUUGGUAUAUUAUAAAAGGUUACCGUCUUGGAUAAGAUUUUUAAACAUUUUUCAUUCCAAUUUCUUAUUACGAAUUUAUAAACACGUGCGAUCUUAUAAAUUUUACAACAAUGGAUUCCAAAUCAAAAAAAUACGAAAUUAUUGAAUUUUUGGGCGAAGGACAGUUUGCCACGGUGUAUAAAGCUAAGGAUUCAGUCACCGACAACAUUGUUGCUGUCAAAAAGAUUAAAGUUGGUACUGUAGAAGACGCCAAGGAUGGUGUUAAUCGUACAGCUCUCAGAGAAAUAAAACUUCUUAUUGAACUUGAUCAUGAAAAUAUCAUUGCUCUGUUUGAUGUUUUUGGUCAUUUGUCAAAUAUAUCUUUAGUAUAUGAUUUUAUGGACACAGAUCUUGAAGUCAUUAUUAAAGACUCAUCAAUAGUAUUCACUCAGUCCCACAUUAAAGCGUAUACAAUAAUGACACUCAAAGGAUUGGAAUAUUUACAUAUGAAUUGGAUUUUGCAUAGAGAUUUAAAACCAAACAACUUAUUAGUGAAUAAAAAAGGUAUAUUAAAAAUAGCUGAUUUUGGUUUAGCUAAAAGAUUUGGAUCACCGGAUCGCUUGCACACACAUCGGGUAGUCACUAGAUUUUAUCGAGCACCAGAACUGCUAUUUGGUGCACGAGCAUAUGGACCUGCUGUUGACAUUUGGGCAACUGGCUGUAUAGUAGCAGAACUUUUACUUAGAGUUCCAUUUUUACCUGGUGAAUCCGAUUUAGACCAGUUAACCAAAAUAUUUACUACCCUAGGAUCACCAAAUGAAGAGACUUGGCCGGGUGUUGCUAAAUUAUCUGAUUAUGUGGUAUUCAAAAAAUUUCCAGCAAUUCCUUUAAGAGAAAUAUUCACAGCAGCUCCAAAUGAAUUACUAGAUGUAAUUGGUGGUAUGCUUAAUAUUAAUCCAUUGGCAAGACCUACAUGUUCUGAAGCAUUACAAAUGCCAUACUUUAGUAAUCGGCCACCACCUUCUUUAGGUAGUCAACUGCCAAUACCAUCUUGUAUCAGAGAUAGUAACCCAGAAGAUCAGGAUCAGGAUGCUAAAGGACAAAAAAGGAAAUUCACCGAUUAUUCAGAAGGAGGAACACAACCAAAACGUUUAGUCUUUGAUAACUUUGCAUAAGUAUGUUAAGCAUACCAACAAGAAAUAAUUCCUUACAUUAAAUUUGUAUAUUAUAUUUUUGUACACAUUAAAAUUAAUUUAAAUAUCAU